AUGAUUGUCUGGACCAAACUCUAUGUCAGUGUAGAUGUUGAAAUAUUUCACUGGGAUCGUGCCAAUGCAGAGAUGCAGGAGCGCCCCCAGAUGCCAGGACCUCGCCCCGCCCCGAAUGCUGCAGCCAGCAGGCUGAGGAGCGCGGCUGAUUCCACUCUCUCUCUGGAGAAGGAAGCUGCUGUGUGUGAGAGUAUUGUGGUCUACAGUGAAAGAGACAGUGUUUACCGAGAGUGUUUGGAGUCUGCGGCGAGCGUGUGGCAGUUGGCAGAGACAGUAACCGACAAGACAGACGGCUACCAGAGACAAUUUAUUCAAACUGCGUACAGAACAGCUAAAACCACCAUCACAUGUGAUUACACAGGAAACAAAUACAAGUUCUUCUGCAAACAGAACGGUUUCAUCUGUGAGGAUAUUUUAUCAACAAAAUCCUCUCUGAAGUCAAACGGGACAUUCACUCUCACAGAAACCAAGAGUGGCUUCAGCGUGUCCAUCAGUAACGUGUCCUCACAUGAUGCUGGUGUCUACUGGUGUGGAGUGGAAACACAUGAAGGAAGUUACAGAGCUGCUCUCAGAAAGAUAAAGCUGGAGGUUGAAGAUAUACAUUGCUUCACAAGGUCUCCAACUGUUGGAGAGGAUCUUACAUUCCAGUGUGAAUAUCCAAAUGGUGCUCUGAUAAACAAAUUCCUCUGUAAGGGAGAAGAUCCAUCCAUAUGUCAACCUCUUGUAAGCACACAGCGCAACAGGAACCCUGGGAAGUUUUCCAUGAAAGAGGACAAUUGGAAGAGAAAUAUCACCAUAACAGUGAAAGAAGUAACAACAGACGACACUGGGACGUACUGGUGUGGAGCAAAAAGCACUGACAAAACACGCAGCAACAAAUUCUUCCACAAAAUGGUGAUGACUGUAGUAUCACCAACUUCAUCCACAUCUCCUGUUAUUUCAACCCAGUCAACUACUGUGUCUGCUGAGAGUCGUGUAUCACCAACUUCAUCCACAUCUCCUGUUAUUUCAACCCAGUCAACUACUUUGUCUGCUGAGAGUCGUGUAUCACCAACUUCAUCCACAUCUCCUGUUAUUUCAACCCAGUCCACUACUGUGUCUGCUGAGAGUCGUGGUGGCUCUCAGGUCGUCGUUACUGUGAUCGUCUGUGUAGCUGUGCUGCUGCUGCUGUUUGUGUUGAUUUUGAUCCUAAUCUACAAACGAUUUUCACAUUUAAUGAACACAAGAAAAGGAGCAGCAGCACAGAACAUCAGAGAGGAUUAUGUCUACGAGGAGAUACAGCAGCCCGUCCAGGCUCCAGACUCAGGAAAUGAGAUGAACACGAUUUAUGCCAAUGCCAACCUUCCCACAAACCCCUCUGCCUCGCUGCAUUACUCUACCAUCAACUUCCAAAGCAGCUCUGACAGAGCAGAUGGUGAGGCAGUGAUCCUCAAACCCAGCUCUGCUGCCUGCGAAUAUUCUACUGUGAAGCAAAAUCCAUCCUACUGGACAGUCAACCAGCCGUCCAGCUCUUCAGAGGAACCUCUCUACACAACAGUCAACAAGCCACAGCAGCACCGAGCAAAGAUCAGCCCUGUCAGGAAUGCAUGACAUUUACAUGUAUGGUCAAGAUUUUAAAUCAUUUAUUUCUGAUGGGGUUGUUUACAACCAUAUUACAGCUGAUUAUUAUCUUAUUAUUGGUAUUGUUUUUAGUUUCGGACGAUGGGUAACAACAAAUAUUUGAAGAAUUAUGUUUAUGAGCCACGUAUUUCAAUAUUUUGACAUUUAUUCUCAAAAACGUAUUUUGACAUUUGUGUUUUUGAGUAAAUAUUUAAACUCUUGGAUGGAUUGCAAUGAAGUUUGGUUCAGACAUUUACCGUAUGUACCUCUCAGGAUGAAAUGUAAUAACUUUCAUCUGGUGUCAUCAUCAGAUCAAAUGUAUAUUUGUUCAAUCCUUUAUGAUGAAAUAUCUGCACAAUGACCCAUGGGCUUUCUAUAGUAAAAGGAAAAGCAUUAAUGA